UCCAAGGGAAUCAGCAUGCCAGCCAUGGUUUGUCAUGGUGAAUGUGACAAUCAUAUGAGACAAUGCAAUGCCAUCAAUCUCUCUGUCAGAUUGAAGAUAGGUGCAAAUCACCUUGUGUCUGUUUCUCUGUGUAAAUAUAUAUACAAGGCAGAACAUGCCCAAGUACACAACAAUCUGACAUUAUACAGAAUCUCUCAUGACAGGUAAAGGCUCUGUAAUGCCAUGAUGAAUGUUUGAUUACCAUAUUAGGUCUCCCAGAACUGAAAUCUUGAGAAUUACCCAAAUUAUCCAAAACCCACAAAGGGAAAAUGUCUGAAUCAUGAAUGGUUGAUUACCAUAUUAGGUUUUCCAAAGCUGAAAUCCGGCAAAAUUGCCCAGAUUCAACAACACCCACAAAAGGAAAACAAUUGAAUCAUGAAUGUUUGAUUACCAUUUUAGGUCUUCCAGAGCUGAAAUCCUGAAAAUUGCCCAAAUUCAACAAUAACCACAAAAGGAAAACAGCUGAAUCAUCAAUGUUUGAUUACCAUAUUAGGCCUCCCAGAGCUGAAUUCCUGAAAAUUGCCCAAAUUCAACAGCACCCACAAAAGGAAAACACAUGAAUCUCAAUCUGUUGAGAGUUUGAAUGGAUCCAAAGAUGGGCAUGCCUAUGCAGAACAGUAGCUCACCAGAUAUGGGCAUGAAUAUGACUGGCAUGCAAAUGACCUUCUACUGGGGAAAAAGCAUGGAGCUCAUGUUCCCUGGAUGGUCUCCACACACUCUAGCCAAAUACUUGCUCUCACUGGUUGCCCUAUUUGCCCUGGUCUUCUUCCACCAGGCCCUCCAGUAUGUUAGGAAUAGGAUUGUCAAUCUCAAUCAUGGAAGUAACAACAGCAAAGAUUUGGGUACAAAAAGUUUGGGGACUAGUAUUGCUGAAACGUCGGUCUUUGCAGUUAAUGCAGGAACUGGAUAUCUUCUGACGUUGGCUGUUAUGUCUUAUAAUGUGGGAGUUUUUUUGGUUGUUAUAGCAGGGCUUUCAGUGGGUUUCUUCUGUUUUCAGUCUUGGAAGCGAUUUGAUGCUAAAUAGCGCGGCUCCCUGAUUAGAUCUGCUCACCUGCGGAUGUAUGCUUGGGGUUUUUGCUGGCCACGAGAUUCGAACCAGGGACCUUCAGAGCUUUGUUGCGAUAAGUCGAUGGCCCUGUUUUUAUUAGUACCUGUUUGGGUACUAAUCUGUUAAAAGUGUUGAUUUUUCUAUUAGUACUAUAGUUAGAAAUGUAUUAGUUAUAUUAGUUUGCUAUUCUAAUCCAUAUUAAAUAUUUUGAUUUUUAAUGUUAGACCAGAAUUUGAUUGGCUUAUAUAGGUAUAUUUGAUUUCCUGUACAUACACAAGGGUGA